CGUCGUCUGCAGAGGCACCGCGGAAACCGAAACAGAGGGGAGAGGAUCGAACAGUCGAAAGAAAGGCGUGAGUUUGGUUCCUUUUCCAUGGCUCCAAGGGGGAAGCUCAGCACCGUCGCCGACGGUGAAGGGAAGGAGAUGCGUUUCCGAGGGGUGAGGAAGCGGCCGUGGGGCCGGUACGCCGCCGAGAUACGCGACCCCAGCAAGAAGACCCGAGUCUGGCUCGGCACCUUCGACACCGCAGAGGAGGCCGCCAGAGCCUACGACAACGCCGCCCGCGAUUUCCGCGGCGCCAAGGCCAAGACCAACUUCGCCUUCUCAGACGCCUGCAGCAGCCCCAGCGCCGUCCCGGCUGCCACUGGCAGCCCCAGUAGCCAGAGCAGCACCGUGGAAUCCUCAGGCCGCGAGGUGGCUGCGGCGGCGGUGCCUCCACUCGCUGUUCCGCUCCCACCCUCCCUCGAUCUGGGCCUCCUCUACCGCGGCGGAACCGGCGGUCGCUUCCCCUUUCAGUCAUACCCAACCGCCGCCCCGUCGGCCCAGCAGUUCUUUUUCCUGGACGCAAAGUCGGCCACGAAUAACCGCCAGCUGGCCCUUUGCCCGCCGAUGUUCGUCGCCUGCUUCCAGCCGCCGCCCGCCGUCGCCGUGCAGAGCGACUCCGACUCCUCCUCCGUCGUAGAUCUCCACCCGGACUAUCGCUCUCCUCCGCCGCAGGCGAAGACGUUCCCUUUCGCUUUCGACCUCAACCUCCCUCCGCCGGAGGAGAUCGCGUGACUCGGAAACCGUCAGACCGUCCCCCAAACUCUUCCACUCCUCUGAUAUCAACAAAAGAAAAAAAAAAUCCUCUUUAUUUCCUUCUUUUUCCGCUUAUGCAAGCGAUGUUCGAAAAAAGGAAGCAAAUUUUGUAAAUAUUUAGCUUUUCUUCUGUUAUUUGGCCUUUUUCCUUUUGCCUUCCGGGAAGGAACUCAUGUAGUCGGCUCCGAGAUGAGGUGUACUCUCAGUGCUCUUAUCUUUCAGAAUAUAUUAUUAAUUUUCAUCA